AUGUUGAGCGCAGCGAGUCCGAGCGAGUUAAUUCGGAGUCGGAUUGAUUCCAGUGAGAUGCAGUUUCGGGCGGUUACGUAUUUGCCAGAUGAGGUGUUGAGUGAUAUUCCGGAGGGGACGGAGGAGGGGGACGGGGGUGGGGUUAGUCUUAUGGAUGGGUUUCGGGCGAGUUUGCCCGACGGGAGGAGAAGGCAUAAGGCGAGAAGUUGGAAAGCGUUGGCGUUGGGGGAGAAUGGGGUUUUUUCAGAUCCAGCGGAUGCAACGAAGAAACUGGACCGGGAACGAAAACAUAUCCAACGAGAGCACGACCUACUAUCUAUCCGCAAAUCUCUCGCCAUUGCCGAAAUCCGCGAACUCGACAUCAAGAUUCAGAAUUUACAGUCCUUACGGCACACAGUAGUAGAAAGAAUGGGUGGACUGGAACAACAACAAGAAGAACUAAACCGAGAACUGGAGGAACUGGACACCAAACUGGGAGAUCUAAACGAGGAAACCGAACUGGUAGCGCUGGAGUCCGAAGCAGGUAUCCCACCAGCGAUCGCGAGUAGCCCAACGAUGCCCGCAACCCCCAUCCUGGGCUCCGCAGAACCAGGAUUAUCAGAGAGCAUAUACGGCCGCAUGCAAAAAUCCACCUCGGAAAUCCGCGCAGCCCGCCGCCGCCGCGCAACGAACCGCCGAAAAUCCAUGCGAAUCCAACACGAACUCAUGACCCCCGGCGCAAACAUCCGCACGGUCCAAACCCACGGAGACUCCAUCACCGCUCUCGACUUUGACAUGCCUUUCGGGACGAUGGUGACGGCGAGUAUGGACGAUACCGUACGUGUUUGGGAUUUGGGGACGGGGAGGUGUAAGGGGUUGUUGGAGGGUCAUGCGGCUAGUGUCCGGUGUUUGCAGAUUGAGGAUACGGUGGUUGCGACGGGGAGUAUGGACGCUACAAUCAGGAUUUGGGAUUUGAGUCGGUCGGAGACGUAUGGGAUGGGGUUGGGGUUAUCGCCGCUUGGGAAACUCGUUGAUCGGGAUGAUGAUGAUUACGAGCAUGUCGGGGACGAUAUCUCGGAGACUGCGACGGAGGGAAGCUUGCAGCGAACUUCUGCUUCGGAUUGGAAGGAGCCUGAGGAUUGUUGUGUGUACACACUCGACUCGCAUGUCGGCGAAGUCACCGCCCUCCAUUUCCACGGAAACACCCUCGUUUCGGGAUCUGCGGACAAGACUCUCCGGCAAUGGGAUCUCACAACCGGGCGCGUAGUCCAAACCCUCGAUAUCCUCUGGGCCGUCGCAUCCUCCUCAAACUCCAUGUCCUCCCUCACCUCUUCGUCCUCAGACCCAUGGACAACACCCUCUACCCCAUUCGUCGGCGCCCUCCAGUGUUUCGAGGCAGCCAUGGCGUCCGGAACACUCGAUGGCCAGGUCAGACUGUGGGAUCUCCGCUCUGGUCAAGUGGCGCGUACUCUGAUUGGUCAUACGGGACCCAUCACCACACUCCAAUUCGACGACGUACACGUCGUCACCGGAUCCCUGGACCGCUCCAUCCGGACAUGGGAUCUGAGAAUGGGAACGAUCGUCGACGCAUACGCCUACGAAUCCGACCGUGGGAUCCUGGGGAUGGGAGUCGAUGCGCGUCGAAUCGUCGCCGGGACUGGGGAGGGGGUUGUUAGGGUUUAUGAGAGGGCUGAGGGGAGACAUUGGAGUGUGGGGCCGGGGGCGCAGGGGGAUGGGUUGGAGAUGGAGAUGGAGGGGAAGUGUGCGAUUGAGAGGGUUAGGUGUAAGGAGGGGUAUCUUGUUGAGGGGAGGAGGGAUGGUGUUGUUGGGGUUUGGUCGAUGGGGCAUUAAGUUGAUGGGAGAGGGAGAGGAUAAGGAGGGGAAGAUUGCAUUGUUUGUUGUCAUAGGGACAUGGCGUUAUCUUGGAGUUUC